AACGUCACUACUGUCACAACGCCGAACUGUCAUCGCAUGUUUACAUCUGCGUGAUUCAUCAGUUCGGUCGACUGGUUGUGAAUCGCGCGAGUGGUAUUCUCGGCGAUUUUUAGCAGUUUUAUGACAAUAUAUUGAGCGCAUCAAUGGCUGUGAAUGGUGGGACGUUUUGCUGCCAGUGCGCACUCUUCCUGAGGAAGAGUGGACUGCAGAAACUCCCAAAAAAUCCCGGGAUUUAACUUGGUGCCAUCUUGACGGCGCAAGAGACAACAGGUGACCAUCAUCAACACAUUCCCGGAACGGUUCACUGGGUCUUCGGGACGAACCAACAGAGAGUUCCGAGGAUAGAAUUAAUCCCUCGCCAACUUCUGCGGUCAAUCGGCCCUCAGUCAGCUACACCGGUUCCGGAAAAGGAAGAUUUCAGGACCUGUAAAUUAUUCCUAAUAAAGUUGUUCUAUUGAUUCGUCCACUAACUCCAUCAGAGAGAAGUCCGGAUUAAUCUUAAGCAAGUCCGAAACCUUCUUCUUCAUCAUUAGGAGCUGUGGGUUUAUUUCCUCGAGAGUUCCGUCUGUUAUGAUUUAUAUUUAGAAACAAAACUGGGAACACUGUAUCAGAAGGGAAUAAAGAAUGAAGCGGCAAAGAGUGCGCAAUUGAGCUCCGAUUAAAUUCGAUUACUAUCGGCUAAUCAACGAUAUAACAUUUGGCGACUGAGGUAAAACUCGAGAAAAAGCGGUGUUAAAUACGUUCUACGAUUAAAUUCGGACCAAAAAGUGCUAUUUCGAAGUAUUUGACGGACAUUAGCAGGCGCUUGGAGCAGCCAGCAGAGUAGAAGAAAAAGGUAAACAAAGAAAAGUGCGCGAAACGGGCUGCUUGACCCGUCGGAAGAAAAAUGGAUAAUCCCGGAAGCAAUGUGCAAAGAUUCGACCCCACCGAUACCUCAACCGUUUGCAGUCGAUGGAAGAAGUGGAAACGCGGGUUCGAGAUUUUUCUCGACGUAAACAAUGUUACGGUGCCAGCACGCAAACGUUCAUACCUGUUGCACUGUGCCGGUGCCGACGUUCAGGACAUUUUCUUCAACCUUCGGGGUGACGCGGAGCCGGAAAUUCCAGGGGGCUCGGACAUUUACAAAGAAUCGGUAAAAUUGUUGGACGACUACUUUUUGCCACUUAAAUGUCUCCCGCGCGAAAGGCACAUCUUCCGGAACUUGGCUCAGGCUCCGGAAGAAUCGAUCGAGAAAUUUGUCCUCCGCCUUUGUGAACAAGGGGCCCUCUGCGAAUACGAGAACUGGCUGGAGGAGAAUAUCGAGGAGCAGAUCUUCGAAAAGGGGUCAUCCGAUCAUCUGCGUGCGAAGAUUUUGACCAAACCAAACAUGACGCUGGCAGAGACCGUCGAGUUGGGCCGCUCACUGGAAACUAUUGCGAAACAUCAAAAUAGCCUGGUGCCGGAAGAAGCAAUCAACCGUGUUAGUGGCAUGAAGGGAGAGUGUUUUCGAUGUGGCCAAACCGGUCACUACGCCAGCAGCGAAGAUUGUCCAGCAAGGAACCAGAAGUGUGACCGCUGUCAACUGGUGGGGCAUUUCAAGCGAUGCUGUAACACGAAACUGGUGAAGCCGCGUAGCAAGAAGCAUCAGAGAAAGAACCAGCCGAAGAAGAAUGUACGGCGAGUUGCGGACAAAGAAUCAAGCGACCAGUCUGAAGAGUCGUCGGAAGAUGAGAACAACGAUGUUCACUACGUGUUCGCAACCGGUCCAGCUGCUGCCGAAAAAGUAAGCUGUUGUGUGGGUGAUGUUAAGCUACACUGGAUGGUAGAUUCGGGAACGAGUUGCAACGUGAUCAGCGAGGCAGCGUGGGAGUUCUUGAAGCAGAGCAAAGUGAAAGUGGAUUAUCAGACCGCACAAGUCACGAAGAAGCUGAUGGCCUACGGAAACCACCCGCUGGAAGUAAAGGGCAUGUUUACCGCAAACAUUGCCACAAAUCGUUUUACUAUCAAGGAUCGUGUGUUUGUGGUCAAGGAAGGCGGAUCAAACUUGCUGGGAAGGUCUGCUGCUACCAAGCUGGGAAUUCUGAAGAUCGAUCGUUCCAGUUAUGCCGUUCAGCAGAAAGAAGGAGUAAUCGGCAAAGUAAAAAGAGUCGCAGUGGCUGUGCAAGUGGAUCCGGAUGUGAAACCCGUCCAACAUACCCAAAGGCGUAUCUCUAUCCCGCUUCUACCAAUGUUGGAGGAAGUUCUGCCGAAGGCGGACGAGCUCUGCGUGGAAAAGGUUCCGCACUUGCAACACUUCCAGGACUCACCGUCCGACGGAGCCGCCGAGAUCGCUGGUAACGGAGGAGAAGCAGUUAUGCUGGUUGAGGCAGCGGGAGGACGGGAGGGGUAUGUGCGAGGAAUUCUUUUUAGACUGGGGGCGUUGGAAGAGGCGGUGCGUGCGGUGAUGAAGGAAGCGCUGAACGUCACCAAUGGAGCGGAAAGUUCAAUUGAAACGUGCCUGGAUGGCCGGCUGGUGAGUUUAUUAUCGCCGGAGCUGCUGUCAGUGGGAGAAUUGGCACAGCAAGCGUGGCACACGGUGAGCGCCUUGGGAAGUCUGCCUGGCGGUUGCUGCAACGGAACAGGUUGGAAGGUGGACCUGGCGGAAGCGAACUACUUGUACUCCAUGAACAUUUACUCGGAAACUGGACGUGUACACGCAGGGUUGGCUUUCGGAGGAGGACUGUGGGAUCGGAUCCCGCAGCUGACUGGAAACCCAUCGGUCGACGUACUUGAGCUCUAUGCUCACAUCGUUCUGGAGUUGAGGCUGCAAUCACACGGUCGAGUUCCUGUACGCAGUCUGCUGCCGAAGGACUGGCUAUCUACAUCAAGUGUCCCACACCCAGCCAGCUACGCGAAGCAGAGUUCUCAGCCAGGUCUGUCUGCUGAGCAGCGCGAAGAGCUGAAUUCGCCGGACUUGGUUGCACCGUCAGCGACACAAGGGUUCUAGCUACACGAGGAAACGCCCGCUCCGGUU